CUCCCUCCAUCCCGAUCUACCCGCCCCCACUCCCUCCCGAUCUCCCCCGCCCCCCACUCUCUCCCAAUCUCUCCUCCCGAUCUCUCCUCCCUCCCUCGCGAUUUCCCCCACCCCCAACUCCAUCUCCGAGCACCGCCAGAUCCGGCUGCCAUGGUGCUCCGGCACCCGACCGCCGCCCCCCGAUCGACAAGGUGGAUGGCAUGUACCAUCUCGUCAGCACCAUACGUGGAGAGGAGAGCCCGUCUUCGCCUCCGACCCAGGCCCCGGCCGCCGCCCCCCGAUCGACAAGGUGGAUGGCCUGUACCAUGUCGUCAGCGCCGUACGUGGAGAGGAGAGCCCGUCUUCGCCUCCGACCCAAGCCCCGGCCGCCGCCCCCCGGUGGAUGCCCUGUACCAUCUCGUCGGCGCGUACGUGGAGAGGAGAGCCCGUCUCCGCCUCCUCCGGGGGUCCCCGUCGCGGCCGGCCGGGGGACGAGGUGGUCGCCGCCGCUUGGAGAUGAGGAAGCUGCCGCCCCUGAGCCCCCUGCCGCCGGAUCCGCUUCUCUCCCUCUCUAAUGCCUCUAAUGCCGGAUCUGUGAUUUGUUGUGAUUAAUCGCUUAAUUUGAUUUGUGAUUUGGUUAAUUGAUGAACGCCCGGGCCACAGGCCUGGCUUUUUUUUAAAUCGCGAAAUUGCUAUCAGUGGCGGUCGAUUUGGGGACCCGCCAUUGAUAGGUGCUCCAUCAGUAACGGCUGUCACGCCCGUCACUGAUGAGGACUCAUCAGUAACAUCAAAUUAGUGACAGGUGCCCUGCCCGCCACUGAUAGAGUUUUUCAUCCGUUACUAAUGUCCCAUUUUGUAGUAGUGACCGUUUAGAUACAUGUAAUAUUUUGACAACAAUUUAGGAUCGGAGGAAGUAGAUAACAUCGAUGAUCCAUUCUUCACGGACUACAUGAUAUUCUCUUCCACA